AUGUCGAAUACCCCCGGUCCACGAAACUUCAGCCUACGAAACGUCAACUCAAGCAAACCCCAAGUCUACCGAACAGAUUCUGCACAGUCUGUCGCUGCAUCAGACGAUUACUACUCUUUCUCAGACAGAGUCUCGACUUCAAGUCCAGACAGUCAAUUAACCGCCAUGCGUUUUGCUACUCCAGCCUCGCGUCCUUCGUCCCAGGCGUCAUCGCCGACGGCGGGACAAACAACACGACACGCAGACAUGGCGGAAUUAGAUUACGAAGAUCAGCAUGCUGAAGGGGAUCUGGGCUCGCCACGUCCGCCAACAGCGAGCACGGUUCGGUUUGGAGAAGAUAGAAUCGCCCGCAUCAGCCCAAAGUCCGACGAGACAGUGCGGCGGAUACCCAGGAGUGACGAAUAUGCCGGCCCGGCACCAACACCCGGGUUGGACGACACGCCCUAUGUCCAAUUCGCACUCAACCAGCUUACUCGCGACGAGGAGGUGAGCGGUUUGGGCCGACAGGACUCGCUCUCUACUACCGACAGAGAUGAGUACCCGGCUGAUCGUCUGGUAUGGGACGAAGGACUUGGCUAUUUCACCCGCACACGAACCCCAAUCCGAUACACCGAAACCCCUCAACGACCGAAGUAUAAGUCGCCUUCACCGCAAGCUCUACCGCAAAGACCCGACUCCAUUGACCCGGAGUCGUUCGUGGCUGUUGACCCUCCAGAAAAAAGUCUUAUGCACCCUGCCCUUGACUAUCUCCCACUGGUCCUCCGAUCAUGGGCUUUGCUUUUGGCUAUCUUGUCCUGUUGUCUCAUGAUUGCUGCGAUAGUAUUUUGCAACAUUUGGUCUCAUCGACAUGAGGGAAUCUGGGACUAUGAUGGCAAAGGUGGUGGCCAUUACUUUAUCAUGCAAUUUCUUCCACAGAUUUUGGCUGCGCCUAUAAUUAUUUGGACCUUUGUCAUCCAGGCUGCGGUGUAUCGUGUUGCGCCUUUUGCUAUUAUGGCUGCGGAGCGUACGAAGGGAAAUGUUCUGCAGGGACUCCCCAUUCUUCCUCGCAACUUUAUCUUCCCCGACUUUUCACACUUCCGGUACGGCGAGCCUCUUUUUGGGUUUGCCUUGUUUACCAUUUGGCUGUCGAACUUCUUCUCCAUUCCUCUUAUCAGCUGCCUUUUCCAAGCCAAGUACUACAUUAUCGAUGGUGAUGGUGUAUGGAAGUGGACUUCUGUCCAAAGUGUGGCCUGGACCCUUGUUGGAUCCUAUGGACUUCUGACUAUCGGUCUUCUUCUCAUCCUGCUCAGAUUUGUUCGUGGCUGGACCGGAUUGAUGUGGGAUCCAGUCUGCCUGGCGGACCUGAUCUCAAUCAUUCAAAGAUCCAACAUCCUCCACGACUACGAGCACUCCGAGACUGUCCCAAGUGUUCGGGAAACCCUCGACUCUCGAGUUCUCCGCCUGGGAUACUGGAAGUUGUCCAUGAAGCCCGAUCUCUUCUACGGCAUCGGUGAGAUCGACGCACCGAUCCGCACUCGCUCGCUUCACCAAACAGAAAAAAGCCGGGACAAGCAGCCCCACGGAAUGGCCAAGGUUCGCUUCGACCUCGAAAACCACGGCGCUUCUUGCGACGACCACCUCCACUCCCCCGCCACCCGAUACCGCUGGACACCAUGGUUCCUGCGCCGCGCCCCCGUCAUCAGCUGGAUCAUCAUCGUCUUCGGCCUAUUCAUCGCAUUCGUCGCCGUCAGCUUCGUCAACAACGCCAUCAAAGGCGGCUUCGCUCCCAAGCUCCCAACUCUCCCCUCAACAAGCGCGUUCUCCUCCUCCAACUUCCUAUACAGCUUCAUCCCAGGUCUGAUCGGCAACUUCCUUUUCCUCGCCCUGCAGCCGAUAGACCUCUACUUCCGCGCUCUCCAGCCCUUCGUCGAACUCUCCGCUCCAAACGGCGCAUCGGCAGACAAAAGCAUCCUCCUAGCCUACCCCUCCGCCCUCCCCAUCCAAGCCACAAUGCAAGCCAUUAUAAACGGCCACUGGAAAGUCGCCCUGCUAUCCUUCAUCAGCCUGAUCUCCAUCGCCAUCCCCAUCAUUGCGGGCGGCAUCUUCAUCGCGCUCUGGUACCCCUCCGACAACGCCAUCCGCAUCUCAGCCGUGAUGCCCGCGUACUACGCCCUCAUAGCAUUCUGCGCUCUAUACGCCGUGUCCUUCUUGGCAAUUUGGCCAGGUCGUCGUCGCUACCUCCCGCACGAUAUCGCCACCCUCUCCGAUCUCAUGAGCUUCCUGUACCAGUCCCCUCUCCUGGCGGAUAAAUUGCUUCGCGAGCCGAGGAGCAAGACUGAUCUUGUUACGCGGCUGAUUGUUGCCCCGCCUUCGGAGCGCCUGCGACCCAUGUAUGGAUUUGGAAUCUAUGUUGGUCGCGACGGGAAGGAGCAUCUUGGUAUUGAUCGCUUUGCGAGACCUGGUCGGGCAGAUAUGUUGAUCACGACAGGGUCGAUGGCAUGA